AUGGGCCUCUCCAAAACCAACAGGAUUAUGAUCCUGUUGGUCAUUGACUCUGCAUUCUUUCUCUUAGAGUUGAUAGUUGGCUAUGCCGUCCACUCGCUCGCCCUUGUUGCUGAUUCGUUUCAUAUGCUUAAUGAUGUCCUGUCCUUGUGUGUUGGUUUAUGGGCGGUUAAAGUCGCCAACCAGGAGACCAAUUCUACCACUUCCAAGAUGUACACUUACGGGUGGCAACGUGCAGAAACCCUCGGAGCCUUGGUCAACGGUGUCUUCCUUGUUGCUUUAUGCAUGUCGAUCUUCCUAGAAGCUAUACAACGCCUGGUGGAACCCCAGGAGGUGCAAAACCCGAAGCUCGUUUGCAUUGUCGGUUGCUUUGGUCUUUUGUCCAACAUCUUGGGACUUCUGUUGUUUCACGAUCACUCCCACGGCCACGGCCACGGCCAUAGUCAUGGUGAAGUCCAUGGUGUUGAGGAUGUGGAUGCCGCUGAGCAAGGCUAUGUUUCCCAUGGCGAGAGUGACCCCGUGCGGGCGAUCACAGACGAGUGCACACUCUCUUCUCCCGAUGCUCGAAGACGCCGAACUCUUGAUAGCCAACAUCGCGGGUCUCCUAGAUACAGCAAUAACGUGGAAGACAUCCAGGUACACCCGGCUACUAUGAGACAGGAAAUUAUCGGUCGCAGCCGCUAUGUUGAUGAGGAGCAGUCUGAGUCGGACAGCGACCAAACAAACGUCGCUGAAACCUCGGAGCGAUCUGCACUCCUUAGCCACAAAGACCGAGCGGGCAAGUACACCGACGAAGCAAAUACAUCCCUUCUACCAAAUGCUACGGUGGACGACGACAUUCAUAAAUUCCAUAACCAUGCGCAGCCCAAGUCGAAGGACUCCAAGCACGGUCACGGCCAUGGUCACGGCCAUGGACAUGGACAUGAUCUCAACAUGCGGGGCGUCUUUCUCCAUGUCAUGGGCGAUGCUCUGGGCAACGUUGGUGUCAUAGCUUCUGCCCUGGUUAUUUGGUUGACCGACUAUGAGUGGAGGUUUUACGUUGACCCUGGCAUUUCGUUGGUGAUUACGGUGAUCAUUCUCGCCUCGGCCAUUCCGCUUUGCAAAGCCGCAUCGAGAAUUCUCUUACAGGCUGUUCCCCCCGGCAUGAGCAUUGACCAUAUUAAGGAAGACAUCGAGAGACUUCCUGGUAUCAUCAGCUCCCACGAUUUACACGUUUGGCAACUGAGCGACACGAAGCAUGUUGCCUCGAUUCACAUUCAAGUGGAUACGGAGAUCAAAGGGGAGGGUUCAGAGAGGUAUAUGCGCUUGGCGCGACAAGUGCGAAGAUGCCUCCAUGCCUACGGCAUUCAUUCAACCACGAUUCAGCCCGAAUUCGCACCGGGAAGUGACGUUGAAGACAACCAAGCUGCUUCAUCCUAUUCUAGUAACGGUCCCUCCAGUCUGCGGGAAGAAGACUCGCGAGCGUGUCUCUUGGAAUGCGGUGAUGGUUGUACGCGAGGUGGAGAGUGUUGUCCCAAGACCUCAACCUAA